AUGCUAUAAUUCAAAUUGCAACUCCCAAACGGCUAGUCCCGCUUCCUCUCUCUCUCUAAUCCUUUUCCCUUCAAAACUCAAAACCUACUUUCUCUCUCUAUAAUCAACCGAAGCAACACUGUUCCCGUGGCUUCAAACUGCGAUCGAUCACGAUGAAGAACUUGACGCUGCCAAGAAAUGGAAUCUUACGGGACAGUCCUUCUUCCUCCGCCAAACCCAAAUCCAUCCAAAAACACAACAAAUUAACACAGGACAAAGAGAACAAUCCUCCUCCUUUUAAACCUCCUAAACCUCCUUCUUCCUAUCAUAACCCUCUCAAGCGCAAGCUCUAUUCCCUUCCCGAGGAAACCCUCACUACCUCCUCCGAUUCCGGUGUCAAGGUUAUUGUGAGGAUGAAACCACUGUGCAAUGACAAGGAUGAAGGAGAUUCCUUAGUUCAAAAGAUUUCAAGUGAUUCCUUGUCAAUCAACGGUCACAAUUUUACAUUUGAUUCCAUUGCUCACAUGGAUGCUACUCAGCUAGAUAUCUUCGAGCUUGUUGGUGUGCCUCUUGUAGAGAAUUGUUUGGCAGGGUUCAAUAGUUCCGUUUUCGCUUAUGGGCAGACUGGUAGUGGAAAGACCUACACUAUGUGGGGUCCUCCCAAUGCAUUGUCCGCUGAAAAUUCAACAAUUGAUCAACAUGGAGGUCUCGCCCCUCGAGUUUUCGAACGACUCUUUGCCCGCAUCAAUGAAGAGCAAACUAAGCAUUCCGACAAGCAACUCACGUAUCAGUGUCACUGUUCUUUUCUCGAGAUAUACAAUGAGCACAUAACUGAUCUGUUAGAUCCAAAUAAAGGAAACUUGCAGAUUAGAGAAGAUGUCAAAUCUGGUAUCUAUGUUGAGAAACUUACAGAGGAGCGUGUGUAUACAGUGAAGGAUGUGAAUCAGCUUUUGAUAAAGGGAAUGUUAAACCGAAGAGUAGGCGCAACCAGUGUAAACUCUGAAAGUUCCCGUUCACAUACUGUUUUUACUUGUGUCGUUGAAUCUCGAAGCAAGAGUAUUGCAGAUCGUAUGAGCAGAGUUAAAACAAGUAAAAUCAAUCUUGUUGAUUUAGCUGGGUCGGAACGACAGAAACUAACAGGUGCAGCAGGAUACCGUCUGAAAGAAGCUGGCAACAUUAAUAGAUCACUUUCACAGCUUGGGAAUUUAAUUAACAUUCUUGCUGAAGUUUCUCAGACAGGAAAGCAACGGCAUAUACCAUAUAGAGACUCCAAGUUGACAUUUUUAUUGCAGGAGUCUCUUGGUGGAAAUGCUAAAUUAGCAUUUGUUUGUGCUAUUUCCCCUGCACAAAGUUGUAGGAGUGAAACUUUUAGUACAUUGAGAUUCGCACAACGUGUCAAAGCUAUCAAGAACAAAGCAGUUGUAAAUGAAGUAAUGCAUGAUGAUGUGAACCAAUUGCGAGAUGUAAUACGCCAACUCAGGGAUGAGCUGCAGCGAGUUAAAACAAAUGGUUACAAUCCAAGCGAUGGCAGUAGAGGCCAUUCAGCAGCUUUGAUCCGAAGAAGUUUGAAUUUAUUGCAGCCUAGCUUCCAUUACCCGUUAUCACUACCUCAUGUUGACGAAGAUGGUGAUGAGGAGAUGGAAAUUGACGAGGAAGCUGUUGAGGAUCAUGCUAUAAUUCUCGGCAAUUCAAGCAGAGAUUCUGCUGGUUUUUCUGGCACUAAGGAACACAUUGAUUUUCAUAGUGCUACAGUGAACUGUGAUAAUGCUGCUAGCCUCAGCAGAGUUAAAUGUGAUACUGAGCCCAUCCUCAAAUCCCCAACUCCCGGUGUUUCCCCUACAAUCAGCAGCAGCAGAAAAAGUUUGAAGACCUUAUCAAAGCUGUCCCCAUCUCAGAAUAAAUGUGAUACUGACCCCAUCCUCAAAUCCCCAACUCCUAGUGUUUCCCCAACAAUCAGCAGCAGCAGAAAAAGUUUGAAGACCUUAUCAAAGCUGUCCACAUCUCAGAAUAACCUUCCUAGUGAAAAUAACUUAUGCACAAAGGUGGACCUAGGCACAAAGACCGUUGAUCAGAAAAGCAUAUCCGAUGCUCUGUCUAGUCAGACAGCCCCAAAUUUCCUUGGUAAAGCUGAAAAUUUAGCAUCAAGCAUCUGGCCUGGUCUUGAAAUUAUUGAUACCAACCAUUGUAGUGCAGCUUUUGGGCAGUCAUCGUUGAGGCUUUCAUUGAGACCUAAAGAUUCAAGGCAAAAUUUUCUAGUGGACAAAGUUAAUGUGGGAGUACAGAUUUCUCUCAACGAUAAUGCUGGAGAAGAUUCUGUUAUGUUGACCUGUAAUAACUGUAUGAGCAGAAUGCAGGUUGAUGUCAGUAAGAUUGACAAUAACUCAAACAUGCAGUUGGUACCUGUUGAUUGCCCUGAGUCUGCUGAUAAACCUGAUAAACCAAAGAAGCAAGUUCUCAAAGCUGCAGAGAAGGUUUUGGCAGGAUCCAUAAGGAGAGAAAUGGUACUGGAAGAGUUAUGUGCAAAGCAGAAUUCUGAGAUAAUGCAGCUCAAUCACUUGUUGCAACAGUACAAGCAUGAGAGGGAAUGCAAUGCCAUUAUAGCACAGACAAGAGAAGGUAAAAUUCUGCGCCUUCAGAGCCUUAUGGAUGGUGUUUUAUCCACUGAGGAAUUCAAGAACGAAGAGCUAGUGUCCCUUGCACAUGAACAUGAGGAUAACUAUGAGCAUCAUCCAGAAGUUCUGGAGAUGAAGAUAGAGUUGAAAAGAGUACAAGAUGAGCUACAAGAGUAUCAGAAUUUCUAUGAUUUUGGGGAGAGGGAAGUAUUGAUGGAAGAGAUAUGUAAUUUAAGAAACCAGCUUCAUUUUCAUAUAGACUAUUCUUCCGCAUCCGCAAGAAAGGAAUAUCCACUGUUGCAGUUGACUCAAUCAUUUGAACCCAGAAUGGCAGCAAACCUCACAGCCAUUCCCAAUUCAACAGAAGCUAGCACUGAGGCAAAUGCAAAUCCAGAAUCAACUGAAGACAGUGCCAAAGUAAAACUUGAACAGGAAAGAAGUCAAUGGACUGAGGCAGAAAGCAGGUGGGUUUCCCUUUGUGAAGAACUGAGAACUGAAGUUGAAGCUAACAGGUCGUUAGCUGAAAAAACGAAGCAUGAAUUAGAUGCAGAGAGGAAGCGUUCCAAGGAACUGAAGGAUGCAAUGCAAAUUGCUAUAGAAGGCCAUGCGCGAAUUUUAGAACAUUAUGCAGAUUUGGAAGAGAAACAUAUCCAGUUGCUCGAAAGGCAUAGAAAGAUCCAUGAUGGAAUUGAUCAUAUUAAGAAAGCAGCAUCCAGAGCAGCAGUAAGAAGUGCGGAGUCUAAACUCAUAAAUACCCUUGCAGCAGAAAUUUCAGCAUUGCAAGCAGAAAGAGAAGAAGAAAGGAGAAUCCUAAUAAAUGAAAAUAGAGGGCUUCAGGCUCAACUGAAGGAUACUUCUGAAGCAGUGCAAGCUGCAGCUGAGCUUCUUGUGCAGCUUAAAGAAGCAGAAGAAGGCGUCAUCACCGCACAGAAGCGGGCAAUGGAUGCAGAACAGGAAGCUGCAAAGGCCUACAAACAAAUCGGUAAACUGAAGAAGAAAUAUGAGAUUGAGAUUAGUACGCUUAAUGAACUCCUUUCCAAAACACGUUUGCCUAUGGAAGCAAUACAUCCUACUUGUAAUGAUUUUGUCCUGCCUACUGAUGAUGACACCAAGUUACAACACAGUGCUAAUCAAUUUGAGGCAAUUUAUAAUGAAGAAGACAGUGAGCUUGCAAAAUUAGAAGAACAAUCAUGGUUCUCUGGUUAUGACAGAUGCAACAUAUAAAAAUUAACACUUGUAAUUUGUACAUAACUGUAAUCUUCUAGUUUGUGCUCACUUGUUCAUAUGAUUCCAAGAAAUAAUUGCAUUAUUUCAUUCUACAAAUGAAUCUUCCAAAUGUCUCUCCUCCUAAUGCUAAAUCCAACAGUUGUUGGUUAAUAUA